AUGGAAGAGACCAAGGUCAAAAGCUCAAGCAAAACUCGCAAAGAGAAAUCAGGGAAGAAAGCCAAAAAGAGCGCAACAAGAGAGAAGAGUAAGAAAAGAAGUCAGAGAAAAGAGAAAAAUCGUGAAGAGAAUAAAGAACCCUCUCCACAUAGAGAUGUUAAAAAGAAGCUACAAUUCAAGCAGGAGAUGCCUCGUGAAGAUGAAAUGCAAACAUUAGGUAGCACACAAGAGGAAUCUGAUUAUGCCUUAUUCGAUGUUGACUUGAAACAAGUCCCAGUCACCAUCUUUGAUGAGAUAAAAAUGCAAAGCAAGGAAAUUAAGAUGUUGUCUCUGAACUAUAUGAAUGAUUCCAACGAAAGGCGGGUUUUUGAGGUCCUUAGCAGUAUACCGAACAUAUGAGAAGUUAGAAACUAUAAACUCUCUAUUCCAUCUGGAGGUACUGACCAUAUUAAGUUGUGCUUAAGAGCUCCAAAGAGCGAAAUUAUUGCUGAAGUCAAGCUCUUGAUCAGAGAUUUUGAGACCAAAGAAGUCGAGGAGAUGCUUCAGUUUGACAUUAAUGUUUAGG